AAUAAGGGGUUAGGAUACGCCCCGCAAUGGCCAAAACCGUAUGUAAUGUAGAGCAAUGUUUUUUAAAUGACGACUGGCGAAGUUGAUACUCAUGCGUCUGUCUCGAAAUAGCGCGUUCGUUACGCAGUUGUUGCUAGAAGUGUGAUGGUGCAUGUGGAGUGUUGCCUUUUGUAUAACGUGGGUGUGGUCUUGAAUGAGCACACUCAUUGCGAAAUGUUUGAACUGUUGGUAACCAGGUAGAAAGCAUUAAAAUGUUACCAUACCAUGGAAAAAUCGGUUUGUACGUUUUCUUGUUGUCCGUGCUUGGUGCCACCACGAUUAUUUCAACGCAAGUGACGGAAGCCGGGAAUGUAUGGUUAUGGCUAAUUGCUUACUAUGUCUUCGUCAACAUCAUCGUGUUUGCAGCGUUUUCGGAUUAUGCAUAUCAGAUUGCAGUGCGCGCAGCAUUCCUCGCCUGGGCGUUUGCUGUCGGCCUUUACAUUGUGGGUGCCGGCGGCCGGUCGUGGGCAGUGUUCGGCCUUUACGUCUGCUUCAUGGCUUUCUUCCACUGGUCCGAGUUCGUGACGAUCGCAGCCACCAACCCCAAAACACUGUCAGUUGACUCGUUCAUCCUGAACCACAGUGCAGCGUACGGGAUUGCGGCAGUUGCCAGCUGGCUGGAGUUUGCUGUCGAGUGGUAUUUCUUUCCAACCUUGAAGUAUGACUACUUCCUCCCCGUGACUGUGGUGGGAACCGUACUGUGCUCGGGCGGCGAGCUGCUGCGCAAGACGGCCAUGUUCACGGCGCGCACCAGCUUCACGCACGUGGUGCAGAGCGUGCGCGAGGACGACCACCGGCUGGUGACGACGGGUGUGUACGCGCUCUGCCGGCACCCUAGCUACGUCGGCUGGUUCUACUGGAGCCUGGGCACACAGUUGGUGCUGGUGAACCCAGUGUGCACAGUCGGCUAUCUAGUAGCAAGCUGGCGGUUCUUCGAUGAGCGUGUCCUCGUCGAGGAGGCGACACUGCUGACCUUCUUCGGGGAGGAUUACUAUGACUACCAGCAGAAAGUCCCAACAGGGCUGCCUGGCAUCCACGGAUACAAGCUCAGCAAGUAGUUCCUGCCACAGCCUGCGACUCUGUAGCAAACCUGUCUGCAUGCUGAUUGAUGGACUCUGCUCUUGGAGACAAAUUAUUAUAUUUUUAAAUUAAGCUGACACUUCUAACAUGCGAUAACAGGAAUUUGCGGGGUGGGGUGGGGUUUCAACUUUGGAUAACUGCAUUGAAAUGUGAAGAUUUAAAUAAGGUUGCAUAUGCAGAUAUAUUUUUAAAACGAGGAAAUAUCGAACGGAGAUUCUCAUCUUAAAAGUGAACUGUUGACAUUGAAUGCCAGUAAAUUUGUCAUGGCAUUGUAGUAGAAAAAAAUGUAACUCAGGGGAGAUGUGUCAGUAUGUAACUCUGAUAUCAUUCCUUAUAGCAAAUUUUGUGGGAGUGGGGGAAGAGAUAUUUACAGGUAUAAGUGUAGAGUUAUAUUGGAAACCAUGAAAUAGGGAGGGGGGCAGGAGUAAUUAACUGAGAGCAGAUUCAAACUCUGUAAGGGAAUGGCAACUGGUAUUAAGAAUGUAGAGCAUAACUUGAGCAUUGGAGUAUUGUGAAUAGAAGGGUUGAGCGCAGGAUUGUGGUCAGCUCUUGCAAAUGCUCUGAAGAAAUUAGGACUUCCAACCUGGUUACAGGACUUUGGGGAUGACUUUUGCAGAUAUAUAUAUAUAUAUAAAGCGAUAAAAGUAUGUUACUGCUGUGUAUGCCAUGUAUUUUUGUACAGUAUUAAAUUUUUU